GUUGAGAUGAGAGUGAAUCGGACGUGCAGACAAACAGCUCCACCCUCCUGUUGAGAAACCCAUCGAGAUUCCCAUCUGAGAGCGUCAGCCGAACUCUGCUGCGGCGCUCCGACACCGAACCCCAAAACAGAGGCGACACAGAAGCGGACGGUGACUCUUCGUCAUGAACUGGGCGUUCCUCCAAGGCCUCCUCAGCGGGGUAAACAAGUACUCGACGGCUUUUGGCCGUGUGUGGCUGUCCAUUGUCUUCCUCUUCCGUGUCAUGGUAUUCGUUGUGGCGGCUGAGAAGGUCUGGGGUGAUGAGCAGAAAGACUUUAAAUGCAACACGGCUCAGCCCGGGUGCCACAACGUCUGCUACGACCACUUCUUCCCGGUGUCCCACGUCCGGCUGUGGGCCCUUCAGCUCAUCUUCGUCACCUGCCCCUCCAUGCUGGUGGUCAUGCAUGUCGCCUACAGGGAAGAUCGGGAACGCAAGAACCGCCUCAAGUAUGGGGACAACUGCCGCCGUCUGUACCAGAACCCUGGGAAGAAGCGUGGAGGUCUGUGGUGGACCUACGUUCUCACCCUGCUGUUUAAAAUUGCUGUGGAUGCCACCUUUGUCUACCUUCUCUACCACAUCUACGAGGGGUACGACUUCCCGUCGCUCAUCAAGUGUGAGCAGAAGCCGUGUCCUAACAAGGUGGACUGCUUCAUCGCUCGGCCCACGGAAAAGCGCAUCUUCACCCUCUUUAUGGUUGUCACCAGUCUGGUGUGCAUCCUGCUCUCCAUUUUUGAGAUCCUUUACCUGGUGGGCAAACGCUGCCGUGAGUGCUGUCAGGCGGUCCACCGCUCCCACCGUGAAGUGACAUUGUCUAGCGGGUCCCAGUUGAUGGAUGCUAACAGUCUGAAGCAGACAACCAAAAACACUCCAGCACCGGCGUACAGCGCUGUAAUAUCCUGAGAAUGAACAGACCAAAGACUCGUGGAGGGUACGACAACAAGCACAGAUCUGCCUGCUGGGAAACUGCUGUGGAUUUCCGGAGAACAAAAGAAAUCUGGAGUGUGAUAAGCAUCCUACUGUAAAAAUGACUCACUGAUGCUUGCUUCUCUUUGAAAUCAGAAUUGUGGAUCUUUCUUCCACAUCUGGGCGGCAAUAGUAUUCACACAAACAUGAACACUAAGCUUUAUUUACUGUCAGGUGAGUGUACAAAAAAAGAAUUUUACACUCAAGAUUAAAGAACAAAAUAUAAAGUGGGCUAUUUAUUGUUUGAAAACCAAAGCGCUAGUGUCAAUAUUAGCCUGACAACGCUAAAAAAAACUUGUGGGACAAACUUGACAUCAGAGCAAGGAGCCGGAAAACAAACUCAGAUUUGAUGCGACUUUCUGACAUCAACACAACAAGCACACUCAUGCUAUUUCUCGCUUUUCUUGCUUUGUUUCCUCAGUCUUCCCGGCCGUGCAUAGCUUAGCAGCAGGUUAGACAACAGUUGAUAUGAACAAUGAUGACAUCAGGAGAAGGUGGGGUUUAAUAUCCACACUUGUAAUUAUGAUAACACCUGAGGCUAAACUUAAACUGUGUCGAGUGCGAUCUCAUUACCAGUAGAUAUACAUGGACGUUACAUUUCUUCAUCCUUCAUCGUAAGAACUAAUCUCACUGUUUUGCAUUUUGACUUAAAAAAGGCUCAGUUUGCUCUUCAUUGGCCACGACAGCUGCCCUGGCAGUUAAGAAUCAAUACUAAGAUGAGCCAGUGGUUCACUGACCUUCCUGUAUUAGUGCAGUACUCCAGUUUCCAGUGUUGUAUAAGUGAGAGUGAGUGCACGAUCUGGCACUACGCUGCUACGGGAAAGCACAGUCAUGUCCUCCUGUGAAUCAAAAGCCUGCAGAUUCCAGGUUUGGCCUUGAGUGCUGCAGCAUGACUCACUCGCAGUUUAACAAACACGUGUGGUUUUCUGUGCAACUUUUUCCCUCUCCAGUGCCAACUCAUCCCGCCCACUGUCCCAGGUCUCCGCGAUCAUGUUGCCCUGUGAUUUUUUUUAUUGUGUAUAUAGUUAUUUAUCAGGUUCGAAUGUUUUACUGACCCGUGGAAUCCUAUUUUUGUAAUGAUUGAGCUCCAUCUGGAUACAAUGAAGUUAUCACUGUUUGUUUAUGGCUGUGUGUGUUUGAGGUUU